CUGAGAACGGGAAAGAAACUAACAUUUUAACCGCGGGAGCCGUUUGUUGAGAGUGGUUGAGUCCUCGCUCCGUUCCCUCUCAAGUCUCAUCUCUGUCAAUCGUCGAGUUGGGGAGCUGAGUUGGAAUUUGAUUACGUUGAGUUGAGUGCGACUCAUUUUGACUUGGUUUUUUCGGGCACGCUUUGGAGAAGCUCCUCUCUCUAAAAAUCUCUAGGGUUGUUGCUUCUUCAGCUUCACUUCCCUCUGGUUUCCCAGAAGAAAGAAAUGUUGUUGUUUCAUUUACCCCCAAGGACUUCCUUUCUCCAUCGUUGAAUUGGUUGGUUCCUGACUUCCUUCACCGUUCUCAGCUCGAAGAGGGUGGUUGUUCCCCUUGGGGGGGCAUUUCUGGGUGGAGAUGGAUAGUUACAGUAACAACAAUGGCGGGCAGCGUUUCCGUCGAAUACCUCGUCAGUCUCUUGCUCAUCUCAGAAUGGAGCCCCUGCUCGACGACAACCUGGAGCAGUGGCCGCAUCUUAAUGAACUGGUUCAAUGCUAUAGGACUGACUGGGUGAAGGAUGAGCACAAGUAUGGACACUACGAAAGCGUUGCCCCUGUAUCUUUUCAAAGUCAAAUUUUUGAAGGCCCUGAUACUGAUAUUGAGACUGAACUGCACCUGGCAAACUCAAGACAGGCAAAGGUUGAUGAGUUUACUGAUGAUGAAACCCCAAGCACUUCAGGGAGGCAAAUGAUGGAGCCCACAUUUUCUGACCGAUCACAGUUCCAUGUAACCAAGCACCUUGGUCUAUCUCCUCUACCGGCUUAUGAACCAGCUUUUGAUUGGGAAAAUGAGAGGUCCAUGAUAUUUGGCCAAAGGAUUCCGGAAAGUCCAACGACUCUCAAUGGCAGUGGCCUGAAGAUCUCUGUGAAAGUACUGUCCCUAGCAUUUCAAGCCGGAUUAGUGGAGCCAUUUUAUGGUACACUAUGCCUCUAUAAUAAGGAGAGAAGAGAGAAGUUGUCGGAGGACUUCUAUUUUCAUGUUGUACCCACUGACAUGCAAGAUGAACAGAAUACUCCUGAACGCCGUGGAAUUUUUUAUUUGGAUGCCCCAUCAGCUUCAGUUUGCCUGCUUGUCCAGCUUGAGAAGCCUGCCACAGAAGAAGGGGGUGUUACUCCUUCUGUCUAUUCACGAAAAGAGCCUGUUCAUCUGAGUGAGAGAGAGAAGCAAAAGUUGCAGGUAUGGUCGCGGAUUAUGCCAUACAGAGAGUCCUUUGCAUGGGCGAUCGUUCCACUAUUUGAUAGCAGUAGUGGUGCAACUUCUGGAGGGCCUGCUUCUCCGAGUAGCCCACUCACGCAAAGUGUUUCUGGAUCAGCUUCUCACGAAGGUGCAUUUGAGCCUAUUGCGAAAGUCAUGCUAGAUGGGAAGUCUGGUUAUUCUAGUGGAAGCUCUGUUGUUGUUGAAAUUUCAAAUUUGAAUAAAGUUAAAGAGAGCUAUACAGAGGACUCACUCCAGGAUCCUAAGCGCAAGGUUCAUAAACCUGUCAAAGGUGUAUUGCGGCUGGAAAUUGAGAAACACCAGUUGGGCUAUUCUGACGUUGAAAAUCUAUCUGAAAGUGGAAGUUUGGCAAAUGAUUCCAUUGAUAUGGGGGACCGGGGUCCUGACUCUGUUUUGUCCAGAUUUCCUGGUAAUAGUUCUGUUGGGCUUCGAAGUGGCAGCCAGAAGGGGAAUGUGCACGACGGGAAGGAAGUUUCUGGAAAUGGAUCAAAUGCUUACCCAAGUUCGGAAUUAAAUGCUAGUGAUUUCCAAGCUUUUGACUUCCGGACGACAAUGCGAAAUGAGCCUUUCUUGCAGCUUUUCCAUUGUCUGUAUGUUUAUCCUCUGACAGUGAGUCUGAGUCGCAAGAGGAACUUGUUUGUACGGGUCGAACUUAGGAAAGAUGAUUUGGAUGUUCGUAGACCACCUCUUGAGGCAAUGCAUCCAAGGGAGACGGGAGCAGGACCACAGAAGUGGGUCCACACACAGAUUGCUGUCGGCACCAGAGUGGCCUCUUACCAUGAUGAAUUAAAACUUUCCCUGCCUGCCAUCUGGACUCCCUUGCAUCACCUCUUAUUCACAUUCUUCCAUGUUGAUCUUCAAACAAAGUUAGAAGUUCCAAAGCCGGUGGUAAUUGGAUAUGCUGUGCUUCCUUUGUCAACACAUGCUCAGUUGCGAUCCGAAAUUUCAUUACCAAUAAUGAGAGAGUUGGUUCCACAUUAUCUUCAAGAUUUGGGAAAGGAGAGGCUGGAGUAUUUGGAAGAUGGGAAAAAUGUCUUCAGACUGCGUUUACGGCUUUGUUCGUCUUUAUACCCCUUUAAUGAGCGAAUCAGAGAUUUUUUCCUGGAGUAUGAUCGGCACACUCUUCGAACAAGUCCUCCUUGGGGAUCAGAACUUCUGGAGGCCAUUAACAGUUUGAAGAAUGUUGAUUCCACUGCUUUGCUUCAGUUUCUUCAUCCUAUCCUGAAUAUGCUUCUACAUCUCAUAGGCAGUGGCGGAGAAACUCUCCAGGUUGCAGCCUUCCGAGCUAUGGUCAACAUUUUGACUAGAGUCCAGCAGGAAUCAGUCGAUGAUGGCGAAAGAAACCGCUUCCUUGUCAACUAUGUUGAUUAUGCUUUUGAUGACUUUGGUGGACGUCAAGCACCAGUUUAUCCUGGUCUAUCCACUGUAUGGGGAAGCUUGGCUCGUAGUAAGGCUAAAGGUUAUCGUGUUGGGCCAGUGUAUGAUGAUGUUCUGGCAAUGGCUUGGUUUUUUCUUGAGUUAGUUGUCAAGUCCCUGGCCUUCGAGCAAACUCGUCUUUUCUACCACAAUCUUCCAUUGGAUGAAGACAUUCCUCCCAUGCAACUGAAAGAAGGCGUUUUCAGAUGUGUGAUGCAGUUGUAUGAUUGCCUCCUCACAGAAGUGCAUGAGCGUUGCAAAAAGGGUUUAAGCUUGGCGAAAAGGCUGAAUAGCAGUUUGGCCUUUUUCUGCUAUGACCUUUUGUCCAUCAUUGAACCUCGCCAGGUUUUUGAGUUGGUGUCAUUGUAUCUGGACAAAUUUUCUGGUGUAUGUCAAUCUGUGCUUCAUGAUUGCAAGCUUACGUUUUUGCAAAUCAUAUGCGAUCAUGACCUUUUUGUUGAAAUGCCCGGGAGAGACCCUACGGACAGGUAUGAUGCGGCUAGAAUCUUGGUAGUCCUUUUGUGCAAGCACGAGUUUGAUGCUCGGUAUCAGAAGCCCGAGGAUAAACUAUACAUUGCUCAGCUCUAUUUCCCUUUGAUUGGCCAGAUCCUGGACGAGAUGCCUGUUUUCUAUAACCUUAGUUCUAUUGAGAAGCGCGAAGUUCUAAUUGUCAUCUUGCAAAUUGUUCGAAAUCUGGAUGACACAUCACUUGUCAAGGCAUGGCAGCAAAGCAUUGCACGAACUAGACUAUUCUUCAAGCUAAUGGAGGAAAGCCUUCUACUUUUUGAGCACAGGAAACCUUCUGACGGCAUGCUGUUGGGUUCCAGCUCCCGGAGCCCUACAGUAGAUGCACCUCCUUCCCCAAAAUACUCUGAAAGGCUUUCUCCUGCAAUCAACAACUAUUUAUCUGAAGCAUCACGACAGGAAGUCAGGCCUCAGGGGACACCUGAUAACGGAUUCUUGUGGCAGAGAGUGAAUUCUCAGUUGAGUUCUCCCAGCCAGCCUUACUCCUUAAGAGAGGCUCUUGCUCAGGCACAGUCAUCAAGAAUAGGUGCUUCAGCACAAGCUCUCAGAGAAUCUCUGCAUCCCAUAUUGAGACAAAAAUUGGAAUUGUGGGAAGAAAAUCUGAGUGCUGCUGUGAGUCUUCAGGUUCUUGAAACAGCUGAGAAGUUCUCCACAAUGGCAGCAGCCCAUACUAUAGCUACUGAUUACGGGAAACUUGAUUGUCUUUCAGCAAUAUUUAUGAGCUUCUUCUCUCGUAAUCAGCCACUGGUCUUCUGGAAAGCACUAUUUCCUGUCUUUAACACAGUCUUCGAUCUUCAUGGGGAAACAUUAAUGGCAAGGGAAAACGACCGCUUCUUAAAGCAAGUUGCUUUUCACCUUCUUCGGCUUGCAGUUUUCAGAAAUGAAAGCAUCAGAAAGAGGGCUGUUGUAGGACUGCAGAUACUUGUUAGGAGCUCUUUGUACUACUUCAUGCAAACAGCAAGGCUGAGAGUCAUGCUGACAAUCACAUUAUCGGAGCUCAUGUCUGAUGUACAAGUCACACAGAUGAAGUCUGAUGGGACCUUAGAAGAAAGUGGUGAAGCAAGGCGUCUUCGGAAGUCACUAGAGGAAAUGGCUGAUGAAUCUAAGAGCAACGACCGACUAAAAGAAUGUGGGCUUUGUGAAAGUGCUCUAAUGGUUGUACCAGAGGGGUUAUCUGAGAACCGUUGGUCCUGGUCUGAGGUCAAACGCCUAUCUGAUAGUCUGGUUCUGGCCCUUGAUGCUAGCCUGGAGCAUGCCCUUUUGGGCCCUGCGAUGACUAUGGAUAGAUAUGCAGCUGCUGAGAGCUUCUAUAAACUAGCCAUGGCGUUUGCGCCAGUUCCUGACCUUCAUAUAAUGUGGUUACUACACUUGUGUGAUGCCCAUCAGGAAAUGCAGUCUUCAGCAGAAGCUGCGCAAUGUGCGGUUGCUGUUGCUGGUGUUGUAAUGCAGGCUCUGGUAGCUAGAAAGGAUGGUGUUUGGAGCCAAGACCACAUAACUUCACUUCGAAAAAUUUGUCCAAUGGUGAGUUGCGAGAUCAAUUCGGAGGCAUCUGCAGCUGAGGUAGAGGGGUACGGUGCUUCAAAGCUUACAAUUGACUCUGCAGUAAAAUACUUACAGAGUGCGAAUAAGCUUUUCUCUCAAGCUGAGCUCUUCCAUUUCUGUGCAAGCAUUCUGGAGCUUGUGAUUCCAGUUUACAAAAGCAGAAGGGCCUAUGGUCAGCUGGCAAAAUGUCAUACAAUGCUCACAAACAUCUAUGAGUCGAUUCUUGAACAGGAAUCUAGCCCAAUUCCAUUCACUGAUGCCACUUACUACAGGGUGGGAUUCUAUGGAGAAAGAUUUGGGAAGCUGGAUAGAAAGGAAUUCGUAUACAGGGAGCCCCGAGACGUUAGAUUAGGUGACAUAAUGGAGAAGCUCAGUCACAUUUAUGAGUCUAGGAUGGACGGGAAUCAUACUUUGCACAUAAUCCCUGAUUCUCGACAAGUCAAGGCAGAUGAGUUGCAGCCUGGAGUCUGUUACCUUCAGAUAACAGCCGUGGAUCCAGUGAUGGAAGAUGAAGAUUUGGGGAGUCGUAGGGAGAGAAUAUUCUCUCUGUCCACUGGUGGGGUUAGGGCAAGAGUAUUUGACCGGUUUUUGUUCGACACCCCGUUCACAAAAAAUGGGAAAACACAGGGUGGAUUGGAAGACCAGUGGAAGAGGCGAAGUGUUCUUCAAACGGAGGGCUCGUUCCCAGCUCUAGUGAACAGGCUUUUGGUGAUAAAAUCAGAGUCCCUCGAGUUCUCUCCUGUUGAGAAUGCGAUUGGAAUGAUUGAAACACGGACGGCUGCUCUAAGAAACGAGCUCGAGGAACCUCGGAGUUCCGAGGGCGAUCAGCUCCCACGAUUGCAGAGUUUGCAGAGGAUUCUUCAAGGCAGUGUCGCAGUUCAAGUUAACAGUGGCGUACUGAGUGUGUGCACGGCCUUUCUCUCUGGUGAACCAGCUACCAGGCUUCGGUCACAAGAACUGCAGCAACUCAUCGCUGCAUUGCUCGAGUUUAUGGCGGUUUGCAAACGUGCAAUUCGAGUGCACUUCAGAUUGAUAGGAGAGGAAGACCAGGAGUUCCACACGCAGCUUGUGAAUGGGUUCCAGUCUCUCACGGCCGAGUUGUCUCAUUACAUCCCGGCCAUUCUCUCUGAACUCUAGCUUGUUUGUUGUUGUGAUGUGUGUGUGCAUUAGUUACUUACUACUUGUAGUAUUGACUGCUGCUGCUUGUGUUAGCCGUUUGCAGUUUGAUUGUCUUGGAUUUAGUUGUAGGGAACAGUUACCUGUAAUGAAGCGCCUAAUUGUGCAAUGCCUAACUUUGUGUAUUAUUGCACACUGUUCAGUUUGAUUUAUGCCGUUUCUGAAAAUUCUGCUAACGAAAGAUUUUCUAUCAUAAACUUGACACCUUUAUUUCGAGAUUCAAAAGUUUACAUUCUUCCUCGAAGUCUCUAUUACUUGCAUAGUUAAUCUCCAGCAAAAGUCUCUCCUAUUCGCUUCAGUUCCCAAGUGUCCUAUACCCGAAAGGCAAUCGUUCAAGACUCUCAGCCACUGCUACUCUUCCAGGCAUAAAGCGGCGAAUCGUCCUCUACUAGGAUAAAGUAAAGGAACUAAAAGGGAUAGAACUAAUCCUGCUCCAAAUCAUCUAGCCAUAUGCACAAAUGGUCGGCAGAUGAAGAAUGGCUGCUGAGUUCUGAGUUGAGUUCAAGUGCCGGGGAAGCUGCUAAAAUUGCUGCUUCUGCACCUAUUCCUCCUCUGCUCUCCAAUUCUUCGAUGAGGAACAAGGUUCUCCGAGGACCAUAGCAUUUUCAUAAUACAACCAAUAGUCUAGCAUAGUGCUCGGUGUUCGGAACAAGUGAAAGCCUAUAGGUAAAGAGUGGCCCGACGAGGCUAAAUGAUCGGAAAAGUAUGGAUAGAAUGAAAGAUCACAUUUGUACACUUAUGACAAUUGGCUAAAAAGAAAAUGAAGGAAAAAAAAAGUUUAGGGAGAAGCAGAAUACGACGGUUGUCUCCAAAUUGCACGAGAACAGGGACAUUUUUUUCAUUCCAAGAAACAGAAGAGCAAUGUACACCCCUGCACAAGUACACAAAAAGAAUAAAGAAAAACUACAAGCUAAAAGGAAAGGAACAAAGCAGCAAGCGAGCAAGAAGAAAUAAGCAAGAACAAAUGUUGUCUCCCGCCCCCAUCAGUAGAACAAAACCAGUGCCGGCUGCCAACUGAUAAAUACACAGGGUGAAGCACACCCAUUUUCCCUACCAUCCACUCAUUCCACAUUCUACCACCCAAUAUUAAGAUUACAACAACGGCUUCGCCUUCUUCUGCAGUCAGGUUAACCACCUCAUACUGUCAUACAUGAGAUUGGAGAUAAGAUAAGAUAGGAAAUGAGACGACAGAAAGAUAUUCAGACCACGCCAAUAUAGCGUCUUAGCAUAUGAAGGGACAAAACUCUCAAACAAUUGGAAACAUAAGUACAUAACUAGACAUGCAAAGACAAAAGGAUUCUCAGCAAUCUCGCACAAAAUUAGACAUGUUAUGUGUGUACUACUUAGCAAUAGCAUGUUAAAUGAGAGAGUAGUAAGGAUGUUCAAGAUGUCUUCCCUUAUCCUGUUAGGGGAAUAUAUGGAAAUGCUUCUUUCGGCUUCCACCAGCGCAUUCUCAAACCCUAGCAAAGACUCGGAACACAGAAGAACAAGGGGAGAAAAGAUAAAGAAGUAAAUUAUCAGAAGCAUAAGUAAUACCAAUUGCAGCAACCCCCAUUCAUAAUCCGUGAAUAGCUUAACUCAACUCUAAUCCGUCAGCGGGUUGGCGCGCACAUUCUUCUUCUAUUGCUUCAGUAUCCGAGUUGCUUCCACAGUCUGAACCAAACAAUUGUAGCUUCCAUCAUACAGAACUCGCAAUUCCUUAUACCUUGGAUUCGAAAUAGGGCAGCUAGAGAGGCCAGGCUGAAAACUCACGAUAGGAACCAGACAUUGUCCCACAGGACCAAAGAACUCUAGCUCACCCGUCCGCAAGUUGGAAGACAAGAUUGCAAAACCAUGACGACCAAAAGAUUGCAUAUACUCAAGGUCAUAAAUGCGCCAUGAUGUCUCACUCAACCACAUUUCAUAUAGUUUCCUCCAAGACUUACCAUCUUCUCCCAGCUUCCAAACAGUGAAGGCAUUCGUUGAACAAAUAAUAGGUGCCGUUUUAGCUUCAGCUACAAUCAUGUGCAAAGCAUCUUG